AUACCAAAACUCCACGAUAUGUCCAGCACGCGUAUUUUUCCAUAUCCUAAAGUGAAGUCAUGCCCCAGAGAGCAGAAGCUUUCGCUCAGCCUCGCCGAGUUCAGCCGAAGAAAGAAGCGCGCAACAGUGAUUCCUCUCGCUCUGCGUCUGCACUCUUUGAUAAACAUCUCAGUCAAACUUUCAAGCCUCACCUCGCCUGUAAAUCUCCCGUGUGUGUGUGUGAGUGCGAGUGUACGACCACAGUCACCCUGAGCUCUUGUCGGGAGAUGGAUGUUUCACAGAUGACAUUUGUUUUUAUUUUUUCACUCCAUGCGCUGGACAUUAUGAACGCUUCCUGAUCCCAUGAACAGGCAGGAGUAUGGGCAAGUUCCAGUCCAAACUCGCAUCGAAACGCAGACAGAACCCUGAAGGUGGUAGUUUGGCUUCCAGUGUGCCGAGCUGUCAGAAGGAGCCGGAGCAAACCCACAUCCUCAAAACCAAACUGACAGAGAACUUGUACGUAGAAUUGAGGGAAAACAAGUCCGACCGUGACCCCAGAGUGGCUCUGUCGCCAGAGAAAGCACCUGACAGAGACAACAGCACCCACCUCAGGACAAAGAAGAGGAACGGCCAUGUUGGUGUCGCGGAGUGUAGCACGGUGCGUGACGAGGACACUCAGCAGGAGUGGGUCUUCACACUGUACAACUUCGACAACAGUGGCAAGGUCACCAAAGAGGACAUGUGCAGUCUGAUUCACUCCAUUCAUGAGGUUCUAGAGGCAUCCGUAAAGCAGCCUGAUGGUGGCACAAAACCCCUGAGGAUAAAGCUGGUUGUGACCCCGUCAGCUGACCCAGAGAAGACCUCGCAAAAAGCUGCAGCUGAGAAAGAGCCGAGUGCGUCUCAGGAGCUGGGAACUCCCGAAAGAAGGCUUUAUUGUGCGGAUGAAAACAUAGAGCGCAGAAACCACUACCUGGAUCUCGCUGGCGUUGAAAACUUCAGCUCCAAGUUCGACGAUGCAGAGUCUCCCUCUCAGGAGCCCAGACAGGAUGCUCCCUCUGCUCUUCAGCACCACCCUAUGGUGAUUAGAGAGAGCUGCAUCUCCCCUGACUCUCCCAGAGGCCUGCCUGUCCCUCACUCACUGAAAACAAAGGCCAUCUCGGUGGGGAAAGACAAGAGCGGAGGAGAGGGGAAGUACUUGAGGCUACAUGGCCAACACCCUGCUUCAUGGUACCACCCUUGCCAGCAUGCACCGCAGCGGACUCACAGUAAAAGACUUCGCUCCAGGGCGCAAGACAGUAGGCCCACACCGGGUGGAGACAGGGAGAUAUUUCCCCACCUGCGGCCCUCCUGUGGAGCAUUGGCCGCCACCGCCAAGAGACACGAGCACCACCACCACCACGAGCACCAUCAUCACCACCACCAUCACUAUCACCCUUCAUAAAUGCAAACUGAACACGUGAGGCGGGUGAGAAGAGCUAGUGUUGGUGUAGCAGUGCAUGUCGCAAAUAGACACUGUCCCCGACGAAGGACGUGAGGCAGCUGUUUCUAUUAAUAGCCUCAACCCACUUACCUACCACAAGACCCCCUGUGCCUUGCCCCUGUCUCGCCACAAAAAGCCUG